AUGAAAAAAGAAUCAGGAAAUAAUAACAUUUUAACAGGUGUUGUUCUUCAUUCAAUUGGUGUAACAUCAAAAUAUGCAGGAGAAUUUUAUUGCUACCAAAAAAAUGCAGAACCAGAAGUAAUUGAAAUGAUAAAAGAUAAAUAUAGAUUAUCAGAUGAUUAUAUAACAAAAACAAAAGCACUCUUUCAAACAUUAAAUGAUUUAUUAAUUGACAAAAUUACUUGGUGGGCAGGAAGAUUAUUUUUUAAUGAAUUUGAAAUGUUGAUGAAAGUUUUAAAAGAAUCAAAUGAAAAUUCAGGUCAAUUUUUACUUCAAAAUGCAACAAAAAUUGGACUAACACAAACACAAAUUGUUAUAUUAAAAAGGGUUUUUAAAAUUAAAGAAGAGCAAUUAGAAUAUGAUGAAGAAAAAGAGGUAUUAAAAAAUACAGUUAAAGAAUUACAAAAUACUAUUCAAUUAAAUAAUAAGCGAAUUGAAGAAUUACAAGAUAUUAUUGAAAGUUCAACAAACAAAACAAAAGAACUUCAGCAACAAAUUGAUAAUUUAACUAUAACGAUAAAAGAAAUUAAAAGAAUAACGGAUUCAAAAGAUAAAUCACAAGAAAAUAUUAUUAUUGAAAAAGAUGAAGAAAUAAAAAAAUUAAAAAUUAAAUUAAAUGAAAUAAAAAGAGAAGAAACUGAUAAAACAGAAGUCACAUCAUUAAAACAUAAAAUAAAAUUACUUGAAAUAGAAAUUGAAAAAUAUGAUAAAGAAAAUGAAGAAUUAGAUAUGAUGUUGAGAAAGUCAGAAAAAGAAAUUGAUGAAAAAGAACAAGAAGUUAUUGAGAUGAAAGAAAAACUUGACGGUGUGGAUAUAAUUAAAAGAGAACUUGAAAAAACAAAAAUUGCUCUAAUGAAAAAAGAAGAAGAAACAAAUAAAAAAAUUUUAGAAUAUAAAGAAGAAAAUAAUGAUAUUAAUGAAAUUAAAAAGUUAUUGAAAAAAACUCAAAAUGAAAAAAAAGCAUUAGAAUAUGAAAUAAUUAAAUUAAGAAAACAAAUUAAAGAUGAAACUAAUCAUACAGAUUCUAAAACAGAACAAUUAAAUCAAAACUUUAUUUCUGUAAAAGAAAAAAUGAAAUUAUUUGAACAACUAUGUGAACAAAAUGAAUUAAAAGGAGAACAUAAACAAAUAAAAGGAAGAGCAUCUGAAACUAACUUAUCAAACCAAAAAGUUAUAAUUCCAAAAUCUAGAUAUACUAUUACUGGAAAAUCUUAA